CUCCAGCUACCAAAGCACAGGCUGAUUACAGAUGUCGUUACAUGCUGGAAUAGCUCCUAUGACAUGACUGAGAGGUUUUUAGAACAGCAACCAGCAAUAUGUGCAGCACUUCUUUCCAAUGAGGUCAGGAAAAAUGAAAAGGAUAUCUUCACAUUGACUGAGUCAGACAUCACAUGUGCAGAAGAGGUCCUGAAAGCUCUGAAGCCUAUGAAAGAUGCCACAUUAGUGAUGUCAGAGGAGAGCAUGCCAACACUGUCACUGAUUGCACCACUUCAUGCCAAGCUCGUCAUGGGCACUGAACGAAGUCCUGAUGAUUCAGAUACAGUCAAGGAUAUUAAGGAAGCAAUAGCACAAGAUUUAAAAAAAAGAUAUGCAAAUGAAAAGGAGACCCUGUACAUGGCAUCAGCUGUUGACCCUCGGUUCAAGAAUCUACCCUUCCUCCCUGCUGAUGAGGCUGAUGACAUCUACGCACGACUGACUGAAGCUGUGGAGGUUGAGAUACAAAAGCUAACUACUACUUCUACUAUGGUAGCAGCAAGAAGAAGAGAAGGACAAGGAAGACAAUCAACCAGCAACCAACAUCCAGCCACCCAUGAAGAAACCCAGAGCAUCAUGUGCAUUGGCUGAGCUGCUUGGACAAACUUUGAUGUUGCAGCAACUGAAGUUAGAAUGUUUAGAGAUGAAACCCCCUUGCCUCUCAAUGAUGACCCUCUUGACUGGUGGAGGAAGCACAUUGCAGAGUAUCCUCACAUAGGUAGAGUAGCAAAGUGUUUCCUCUGCAUCCCUGGUACAAGUGUCUCUGCAGAACAAGUUUUCUCCACUGCAGGAGACAUUGUGUCUGCACAAAGAAGUGUCCUUAAAGCUGGGCAUGUAGAUCAGCCUGUGUUCCUCAACAAGAAUCUUAAGAUGAAGAAAAAAUAAGCUCAGUAGCUCACAUGUUCCAUCCUUUUAGUCAUAGUCAUGUCAUAGGAGCUAUUCCAGGCGUUGGCGUUUGUUAUACUGCAAACAUGUUUUGCUGACGUUGCACUUUUAACAGUGUAGGGUUUUAUAAUAGUUGUCUAACUUGUCUUACUACGUCUACUACAGAUGUACAUAUUCUGCAGAAACACUUGCACCAGGGAUGCAGACAAAACACUUUGUAGUGUACUCUACCUUUUUGAGGAGGAUACUCUACUAUUCCAGGCGUUGGCCUUUGUUUUAUACUGCACAGAUGU